AUAAGCUCUAGAACAUGAGUUCAGAGACUCUAAUUUCUUGAGAACUCGCGACUCCUAAUUUGUUUCUUCUCCUAAAACCUAAAUCAGUUUCCUCUUCCUCUCUCUUCUAGAAACAGAAACACGAACCUGCUGCCUCGCUCUGCGCCUCGCCUCGCCGCCUUUGCCGUCAAAAAAAGAUGUUAGUGCUGAUUUUCAAUUUAGAAAUUAUAAUUGUGGCAAUGAACAACAAUAAGCGAAAGAGGCACAGCAGAAAUGAUGUAUCGAAGAAGAACCAGAAACCACCAAGUAACAAGGAGCAAGAGAUUCCAUCAGCUUCUACUGCGAAGCGUGCAAAGUCCAAUGAACCCUCAAAAUCUUCCAACUUUUUUGAAAAGAUGCGAGCAAGGUUGUCUGGUGGACACUUUAGGAUGAUUAACGAAAAGCUCUACACUUGCACUGGGAAGGAGGCGCUCAAUUAUUUCCGUGAAGAUUCGUCGCUAUUCAACUUGUAUCAUGCAGGAUACAGAACACAAAUGUCAAAUUGGCCAGAACAGCCGGUUAAUGUAAUUAUUAAGUGGCUGAAAAAACAGAGCCCUUCUUUUGUUGUUGCCGAUUUUGGUUGUGGGGAAGCGUUUAUUGCCAAAAGCGUGAAGAAUACUGUCUUCUCUCUCGACCUUGUCUCCAAUGAUCCCGAUGUUAUUGCUUGUGACAUGGCAAAUACUCCGUUAGGUUCCUCAUCUGCUGAUGUCACUGUGUUCUGUCUUUCAUUGAUGGGAACCAACUAUCAAACUUACCUUGAAGAAGCAUACAGGGUUCUUAAGCCAGGUGGCUGGCUGUUGAUAGCAGAAGUAAAGAGCAGGUUUGAUCCAAAUACUGGAGGAGCAGACCCAGAGAAGUUUUCAAAGGCUAUUUCUGAGCUAGGAUUCAACUCUGUGAAAAGGGACUUCUCAAAUAAAAUGUUUAUUUUGUUUUACUUCACCAAAAAGGAAAAGAAAAAUGCUAAAAAGAAGGAAAUUGAAUGGCCAUCACUUAAACCUUGUUUGUACAAGCGUCGUUGAGGCUAUGAUAAAUUAUUUGUUAAUACACAUUUAUUAUCUGGAGAAAAGUCAAAACAUAUUUGUUAGCAUGAUAGUCAAUUACAAAUUCUUGUGUUAUUUCGUUCUUUACAUUCAAGGUUCAUCAUCCCCAAUUUUUAUUAAAUUCAUUUCUAAUGGGCAUAGGAUUUUUGGUUGUUUAUAUGAAGAAUUUUGAAGCAAAAACUCGUAGAGUUGGUUGCACCUCUGUAUGAGAUUUUUUGAAGAGGAAUCCAUGUCAUUAAUUAAGAUGAAUUUUGUAUUAUUGAAUUUUGAUUUGUAAAAUUCUUACUUCUUUUUAA